AUGUCGGAUGCUACACACGAGCGGUGGGCCAGUCAGGCCGAGUACCUGUUGUCAUGUCUGGGAUACGCGGUCGGUAUUGGGAACAUAUGGAGGUUUCCUUAUCUGUGUUACAGGAACGGAGGCGGCGCAUUUCUAGUUCCAUACUUUUUAACGUUAAUCGUGUGCGGCAUCCCUUUGGUUUACUUGGAAACUCUGUUAGGACAGUUCUCAAACGCUGGAUGCAUUUCAGUUUUCAACAUAAAUCCGUUGCUGAAGGGGGCCGGUUAUGCCGCUGUAAUGCUGAAUGUUAUAGCCGUAAUAUACUUCUCGUCUAUAAUGGCUUAUCCAAUACUAUACAUAUAUCACUCCUUCAGUUCGCCACUACCUUGGCAAACUUGUUCCAAUUCAUGGAACACUGAUAAGUGUACGGAGAUUACUGUGAACUCGAGUUUAUUUAUGAAUAGUACAUCAAUCACUACGCCCGAGGACGAAUUUUUCCAUAUACGUCUAUUACACAUGUCUUCAGGCUUGAGUCAGAUCGGUGGUAUAGUUUGGCCAGUUUUCUGGUGUAAUUUCAUCUCGUGGGUUCUAAUCUAUCUCUGCAUCUGCAAUGGAGUUAAGAGCGUCGGAAAAAUUGUUUACUUCACCGUCAUAUUUCCUUAUGUCGUGCUGACAGCUUUGUUCAUAAGAGGCAUAACAUUGCCCGGCUCUUGGCAAGGCAUACUUUACUUUGUGCUGCCAGAUUGGAAACAAUUAUUGAACCCAAAGGUGUGGGCUGAUGCGGCAACCCAAAUCUUCUAUUCGCUGGGUCCUGGAUGGGGGGGACUCGUCAGCAUGGCCAGUUUCAAUAAAUUCCAUUAUAAUAACUUAAGAUCAUCAAUAAUAAUUCCAUUAGUUAACAGUGGUACAAGUAUCUGGGCUGGGUUUGUUGUGUUUUCUGUGCUUGGUUUCGUAGCUGAGCGUGCUGGUGUGCCAGUGGGUCGAGUAGCGACUGCUGGGCCCGGGCUUGCUUUUGUAACCUACCCAGCCGCUGUCUCCAUGAUGCCGGCUCCGAAUUUUUGGGCUAUAACAUUCUUCGUUAUGCUUUUCUUUCUCGGUAUCGACUCAAUGUUCGUUACAAUAGAAUCAGUGAUAGCCGGUGUCUUGGACGAGUUCCCUCAGCUGCGGCGUCGUAAGAGAUUCAUUACUCUGAUGACCUGUCUGUGUCUCUUCUGUUUGUCAAUCAUUUGCAACACUGAGGGCGGAUUGCAUAUAAUAACUCUAUUAGACGGUCAUGUCGCGAUAGCAGCCGUGCCGGUAGUAUGCGGAAUGGAAAUAUUAGGGACUGUGUACACAUAUGGACCGAGGAAGUUUAGUAUCGAUGUUUUAUUCAUGACCGGGAAACCGUUGAUGCGAUUCUGGUUGAUAAUGUGGAGGUAUAUAGUACCAGUUCUGCUUGUGAUAAUAACAAUAUACUCUCUUCGCGAAGUGAAUGGCAUACCGGGAUGGAUCGUUGCUUUUAUAUCAGUUAUAUGCGUUCCUAUUCACGCUGCUAAAGUACUGUUGAGGGGAAAGGGGAAUUUUAUAAAGAGGAUACGAGACAGUUGUAAGCCGAGUAAGAAUUGGGGUCCCGUUGAACCUGUAAUAAGGGAACAGUGGAAAGCCUUCCAGAACCUUCACAAUGUAUCUGAUAUACCGCUCAACGUAACUAAAUAA